AUGUCCUACUACCAGCAACCAAAUCUCGGCUUUUAUAACGGUCCAUCACAGCAAAGCCUCUACAAUGGAUCAAUUCCUACAGGGUCAAUGCAAACAAGCUACUCCUAUGCUGGCGGAGACCAAGAUCAACCACCGUUAAGCAAAGGCGUUCUCGCAGCUUUCUCUACCAGUGGCUAUCCUGGGGAACCCCCAUUGCUGGAGGAGCUCGGCAUCAACUUCAAUCACAUCAAAUCGAAAACGCUAGCGGUUCUGAACUUCAAAUCCAGCAGUUUGAGUGAAGACAUCAUCCAGGACUCAGAUUUGGCUGGACCCCUGAUAUUCUGUCUGUUGUUUGGUACCCUGCUUCUGCUUUCAGGAAAAACGCAUUUUGGAUACAUAUACGGUGUGGCAUUGUUUGGAACAGUUUCGCUUCACUGGCUAUUCAAACUUAUGUCUAAUAACACCUCGAACAAUAAUCUCGACUUUCUAAGAACCGCGUCAGUUAUAGGAUACUGUUUGCUUCCCCUUGUUAUUCUCAGUGGUAUCGCCGUCCUCAUUAGGUUGGACAACACUGUUGGUUAUGUUUUAGCAUGCUUGGCCAUCUUUUGGUGCACAUUCGCUUCCUCGGGUUUCUUCGUUCGUGUGCUCAACCUGAGUAACGCCAGACCCUUGGUUGCUUACCCUUUGGCGAUGUUCUACUCUGUGUUCGCCCUGAUGGCUAUAUUCGUGGAGAAAAAAGAAUAA